AUGGCCUAUCCACGAUCUCCUUUCUCGACUUCUUCCUCCGCUUCCUCUCCUUCGCUCUAUCCAUCGUCUUACAGUUCCGUCCACUCGCCGCCGUUACUCAAUACCAAUCUCUCCUCGUCCUCCUGGUCGCCUUCCUAUCGUGGUACGCAGGACCAGUUAGACUCUCUCAUUGCCAGACACGGCCACCCCACCAGGGUUUCGCUGUCUUCCCUCGAGGAAUUGACAGCAACCUGCUCAACAUAUAACCCUCCGUCCCCUUCUUCUUCUUCCCCUGUCUCCGAAACUGCCGAUUCCCUCGACGCUCUCACCCUCUCCCGCACCGUAUCAAGACCGAUCCCCAUUCCAAAGCCAUCUCACCACGUACUUGACAACGACCUACCCGUCACUCCUCUAACGGGCCGCUUCGACAAAGGAUACUACUUCGCCCACCGUGAUCAGUCACCCGACAGGUUUCGAGAUCGCCACAACCGUAGACGAACUAGUCGUCGAUCACCCCGUUCAUCUUCCACCAGGAUGCGUUCAGACAGCUCCACCUUCUACUCUCCGGUCAUGUCACCUUCCAUGUCGCCCUCCGGACGUUCCUCGCCGCAGCCCACACGGGCUCGACCGCAGAACACCUCCAAGUCGGCCCCGACCUUCCAUCUGGGCAAUCUACCGAGGUUCCAUCCAGCAGUCUACCAGCCGUCCACCAGUUCCCAGAAUCUUCCCGGGCAACAACAUAUCUACCGCACCUCUUCGUCACGAGAUCCUGUAUGGCAGUACCGGGAGUUGGUGGAAGGUCCUACCAUAUCGAAGGCACCCUCUCGGCCGCUUUCACCAAGUCCAUCGGCACCUCGCUUGGACCCUCUUCGCAGCCCUGGGCCUGUUACGCCCUUAGCCCUGGAGGAUGCCAAUAGCUAUUUGAUGUCUGGCGCCCCUGCGUCCUCGGACAUCAUGGCGUCGCGUGAUCAUAAGCAUUCUGAUCCGACUCCAGACGUCGUGGAAAGACUGAUUGCCCGCGAGAAUGAGCGCACGCGACAAAAGGCCAAGAAAAACACCAAGAGUCGUUGA